UGCAUGGUAAUUCAUUCUACUCUUCACUUGAUUCAGAGUGGACGACUAGAAGUAGUCUAUCAGCUAAAGAUGGCAGGUUAUCUAAAGGUCCUCGGUUUUCUCACCAGGUCUGCUACUUUAUCCAAAAGCCACGCGGUCAUUGCUGCUCAAGGUUGCCAGACUUUACAACAGAGGAACUAUGCUGACCGGCGCAUCAAGGUCGCUCAACCAGUUGUGGAGAUGGAUGGAGAUGAGAUGACUAGGAUAAUCUGGGAAUUCAUCAAAGAAAAGCUCAUCCUAACAAAUGUUGAUGUGGAGCUAAAAUACUUUGACCUUGGCCUACCCUACCGUGACCAGACUGAUGACCAGGUUACCAUUGACUCAGCCUUAGCAACCAAGAAGUACAAUGUUGCUGUCAAAUGCGCAACUAUCACACCUGACGAGGCCAGGGUUGAAGAGUUCAACUUGAAGAAAAUGUGGAAAAGUCCUAAUGGAACCAUCAGAAACAUUUUGGGUGGCACGGUUUUUCGUGAACCUAUCAUCUGCAAGAACAUUCCCAGACUUGUUCCUGGUUGGACACAGCCUAUCACAAUUGGCAGACAUGCCUUUGGUGACCAGUACAGAGCCACAGACUUUGUUGUGAAUGCACCAGGAAAAUUUAAGAUCAGCUUUACUCCAGCUGAUGGAAGCAAAGGCCAGGAAUGGGAAGUAUUCAAUUUCCCUGGGGGUGGCUGUGGAAUGGGCAUGUACAAUACUGAUGAGUCCAUCACUGGCUUUGCUCACAGCUGUUUCCAGUAUGCUAUCCAGAAAAAAUGGCCUCUCUACAUGAGCACCAAGAAUACCAUCUUGAAAGCGUAUGAUGGGCGCUUUAAGGACAUCUUCCAGGACAUCUUUGAGAAGAAAUAUAAGCCAGAGUUUGACAAACUGAAGAUCUGGUAUGAACAUAGACUUAUUGAUGACAUGGUGGCACAAGUUUUGAAGUCUUCUGGUGCUUUUGUUUGGGCUUGCAAGAACUAUGAUGGAGAUGUCCAGUCUGAUAUUUUGGCUCAAGGUUUUGGCUCCCUGGGUUUGAUGACCUCUGUUCUAGUGUGUCCUGAUGGAAAGACCAUUGAGGCUGAAGCUGCUCAUGGCACAGUCACUAGGCAUUACCGUGAGCAUCAGAAGGGAAGACCAACCAGCACCAAUCCUAUUGCAAGCAUCUUUGCAUGGACCAGGGGACUGGAGCACAGAGGCAAGCUUGAUGCAAACCCAGAUUUGAUUAAGUUUUCCCAGACUCUUGAACGUGUGUGUGUGGAGACUGUGGAGAAGGGGAUUAUGACCAAGGAUCUGGCUGGCUGCAUCCAUGGACUGUCAAACGUUAAGAUUAAUGAGCAUUAUGUGAACACCACGGACUUCCUAGAUGCAAUCAAGACCAACCUGGACAAAGUCCUGGGUAAAUGAAGAAGGUGGACACUGAAGCACGUCCUUUCCUUUUUGUACCUCAUUUAACUUAAACAUCAUCAUAACCAUAAUCAUUGUUGCUGAAGGGAAAAGUUGAAAAGGAUCCUGUUUUUCUAUAGCAGUGCUGUUGGUUAGUGUUAGCUAAAUUGUAUUUGUCACCAGUCCACUUCAUUUCCCAAUUACAAGGUUUUAGUUUUGUAAUAUGAAGUAAUGUAUGUAAUACUGUAUUAAACCAUGAAAAUAAAGGCAAAAAGCAAUUUUGGAAACCUUCUAAUAAAUUUUAUGUUUUGUCUUAAA